CCCAGGACCCUGCAUUCACUAUAUCCGGUCUCCCAUACUGCUGCCUUUUAAUUUUUUAGCUUUGACUGGAGCUCCAAUUUAAAGUAUUACUAAACCCAGGACACUGCAUUCACUAUAUCUGGUCUCCCACAGACCCUGCAUUCACUAUAUCCGCUAUGCCUGGACCCCGCAUUCACUAUAUCCGCUCUCCCCGGACCCUGCAUUCACUAUAUCCGCUAUGCCCGGACCCCGCAUUCACUAUAUCCGCUAUGCCUGGACCCCGCAUUCACUAUAUCCGCUCUGCCCCGGACCCCGCAUUCACUAUAUCCGCUAUGCCCGGACCCCGCAUUCACUAUAUCCGCUCUCCCCGGGACCAUGCAUUCACUAUAUCUGGUCUCCCACACUACACACAACAACAU